AUGGUUGACAAUGAAAAGUCAUGCGUUUACAAGAACCGGGACGCACCUGUGGAGGCGCGUGUGAAGGACCUUCUUUCCCAGAUGACUCUGCCUGAGAAAGUCGGUCAGAUGACUUUGAUCGAAUGCAGCGUCGCUUCUCAGGCCGUCAUUAAAGAUUACUCCAUCGGUGGUCUACUGAACCGAGCAGGAAAUUGGCCAUUCGAGGAUGCAAAGUCGUCCUAUUGGGCGGAUAUGAUCGACGGCUUUCAGCGAUCAGCAUUAGAGUCGCGUUUAGGAAUUCCGAUCAUCUAUGGCAUAGACGCCGUUCACGGCAACAAUGACGUCUAUGGUGCUACCAUCUUUCCCCAUAACAUUGGUCUCGGCGCCACCAGGGAUGUAGAUUUGGUCAGAAGAAUUGGAGCUGCAACAGCACUUGAAGUAAGAGCUUGCGGUGCUCACUGGGCGUUUGCUCCCUGCGUUGCAGUAUUGAAAGAUCCGAGAUGGGGAAGAUGCUAUGAGAGUUAUGGUGAAGUUGCUCAAAUUGUUUCGGAGAUGACUUCACUUGUCUCGGGUCUACAAGGCGAGCCACCCAAAGAACACACAAAUGGUUACCCUUUUCUUGCAGGAAGAAAAAACGUGGUUGCGUGUGCCAAGCACUUUGUUGGAGAUGGUGGUACCAAUAAGGCCAUAAAUGAAGGAAACACCAUUUUGCCGUACAAAGACUUAGAGAGGAAACACAUUGCUCCUUACAAGAAAUGUAUUUCUCAAGGACUAUCUACCGUUAUGGCCUCUUACUCCAGUUGGAAUGGAGAUAAACUUCAUUCCCACCAUUUUCUCUUAACGGAAGUUCUCAAACAAAAACUCGGUUUCAAGGGAUAUGUAGUUUCAGACUGGGAAGGUUUGGACCGGCUUAGCGAUCCACCGGGUUCAAACUACCGCAACUGCGUCAAAAUGGGGAUUAAUGCUGGAAUCGAUAUGGUGAUGGUACCUUUCAAGUAUGAAAAGUUCACAAAUGACCUUAUAGAUUUGGUGGAGUCAGGGGAAGUAUCGAUGGCUCGUAUUGAUGACGCUGUUGAAAGGAUACUCAGAGUGAAGUUCGUUGCAGGGCUCUUUGAAUAUUCUCUUGCAGAUCGAACUUUGUUACCUACUGUAGGUUGCAAGGUGAGCUUUCUUGAACAUAGAGAAUUGGCGCGUGAAGCGGUUAGAAAGUCGUUAGUUCUGCUAAAAAACGGCAAAUAUGCGCGAUUUCUGCCGUUAAAUUGCAAUGCCGAGAGAAUCCUAGUGGUUGGAACGCAUGCGGAUGAUCUUGGAUAUCAAUGCGGUGGAUGGACAAAGACAAUGUAUGGUCAAAGCGGAAGGAUCACAAAUGGCACAACGCUUUUGGAUGCCAUAAAAGCAACCGUUGGAGACGAAACCGAAGUAAUCUAUGAGAAAACCCCAUCAGAGGAAACCUUAGCCGCGCGAAAGAGUUUUUCUUAUGCAAUUGUUGCGGUGGGGGAGUUGCCCUAUGCAGAGACUAUGGGGGAUAACUCAGAACUCAUAAUACCAUUGAAUGGUAGCGAGAUUAUAACCGCGGUUGCAGAGAAAAUCCCGACUCUAGUGAUCUUGUUCUCAGGACGGCCUAUGUUUCUUGAGCCGCAAGUUCUUGAAAAGGCAGAGGCUCUGGUUGCUGCUUGGCUACCUGGUACUGAAGGGCAAGGGAUGGCUGAUGUAAUAUUCGGAGAUUAUGAGUUCCAAGGGAAGUUACCAGCGAGCUGGUUCAAAAGCGUAGACCAGCUGCCGCUUGACAUUGAAUCAAAUGGGUAUCUCCCAUUGUUUCCUCUUGGUUUUGGUCUCGGUCAUGACUCCGUGGAGAACUCUAACACAGUUUGAACUUGCUGUUGAA